AUGCAAAUUACCAAGCAAAGAUUCUUUCUACCGAAAGAGGAAAAGAAAAAAGAGGUUAAACCAGAACCAGCCGUAAAUGAAGAUAAUUUAUUCGUACAGGAUGAAGAAGAAGAAGAAGAAAACGACGAGAAGGAGACUGCAAAUCAAUCACCAUCCAGUAAAAACUCAACCAUAUCAUUAGACAAGUUUGCAAGGGAUCUACAAGCAAUAGUAGGUGAAAUAUCUCCCAUUAUACUAAAUUAUCUUUAUGACAAAUACUCAACCAGUCCAUUAAGCAUCAAACACGCUACCCAUGAAUUAUUCACAAAUCCUCCUGAUAUCGAUGAGUUGCAAUGCGGAAACACAACGCGCCAGGAACUGUCACUAUGUUCAUCGCCGACCACCACCACCACCAAUACCACUAAUGUGGCUUCUAUUCUAUCACAGGGGACACUACGACCAAGUAGCUCUUCCCUAAACUCGUCAUCGCCCUUGAAGCGUACAAACGAUGGCCCUGGACUUGAGCAGCUGCUGUACAAACGAUCCCAUUUGCAAACUGAGGACUUUGGGGCCUCAGAGGAAGCCGGAUCAUGGCACAAGUAUGUUGGCACAUUGGAUGUUCAAGCUUGGGCAACUAGGCCGACGAUGAAACCUCUCAAGUAUCAGGAUAAACUCCUAGUCAAGAGAUUAGUCCCAAGAAAUUCAACAGCACAAAAGAGUUCCAUCAUACGAUUGUGUCUCAAUGAGAGAGAAAUAGGGAGGUUACCCGAAGACUUGACGAGAGUUUUUAGUCCCUUGAUUGAUCAGAAUAUUGCCGAGUUUGUUGUCACUGUGUUGGAAACAACGAAGCGCCGAUUAUCCACUGGUGACUCCUUUUUCAUUCAAAUACAAGUCUACCUUAAAAACACCGGGUUUAUCAAAAACAUUGAGGCUGUUGAACAACCGACAAUGAAAAAGGGGGCCAAUUUCAAUUUUGCAACCGAAAGCGAAGGUGAAGCAUCUAUGCGAUUACGACAAGCAGGUGUAUCAAACUUGUUUGAGAGAUUAAAACUAAAGCCCCUCAAAUUGAGCAACGACAAUAAAGAAGACGACAUGGUCUCUUCUCAACCAGUGGAUAUCACUGGCUCGGAAGUUGAAGAAGUUGCCGAUGAGGUCAACUUUGAUCAAUUGAGACAAUUUUAUCAAGCAAAUAACCAGUCUAAAUUAUUGGAAAGCUUGCCGGAAACAACUGAGCCACCUAAGGAAAACUUUAAAUUAGCAUUAAGAGAGUAUCAAAAACACGGACUAUCGUGGAUGUUAGCGAGGGAGAAGGAAGUGGACGUUUUAGAACAAUGCAUGGGCGAGGAUAAGUUGCCUUUAGAAACAAGAAAGAAUAUCGAGGAGGCGGGGACGAUGAAUCCUCUUUGGAGGAAAUACAGAUGGCCCAGUAGUGGCCAUGCCCUGCAAAAUCACGGUGAUGCCACGCAAUCACAUUCUCAGGGCCACUCAGACGAUAAUUACUUUUAUGCCAAUUUGUACAAUGGUGAAUUAUCAUUGGAGAAGCCCAUAAUCAAGACCAGUUUACAAGGAGGCAUCCUUGCUGAUGAAAUGGGCUUGGGGAAAACCAUCGCCACGUUGGCUUUGGUAAACUCCGUGCCCUAUGAUAGCUUGCAAGUUAAGGAUGAAAACCGCUAUGCGUCAAAAACUACCCUAAUUGUUGUUCCUAUGUCCUUGUUAACUCAAUGGAAGGAAGAAUUCGAAAAGGCAAACAACAACGAUAGACAUGUUUGUCGACUAUAUUAUGGCGACGAAACUGAAGUUGAUUUAUCAUUGUCAUUAUGUAACUUGAAGCAAAACUCCAAAAUCCCCAUUGUUGUCAUCACUACUUAUGGAACAAUAUUGAACGAGUAUGCAAAGAUAUCCAAACAUCGUAAUCUGAAAGGUGAGCUUCCGAAAUCGGGAUUAUAUUCAGUCAAGUUUUUCCGCAUCAUACUUGAUGAAGCCCAUAAUAUUCGUAAUCGAAACACCAAGACAGCGAAAUCGAUUUACGAAUUGCAACUGAGUCGCAAAUGGACACUAACUGGUACCCCCAUCGUUAAUCGAUUAGAUGAUUUGUAUUCAUUGGCAAAAUUCCUUGAAUUGGACCCCUGGAACAAUUUCUCCUACUGGAAGACAUUUGUCACCUUGCCAUUUGAACAAAAGAAGAUUUCGCAAACUUUAGAUGUGAUUAAAUCGAUUUUGGAACCGAUCUUCUUGCGACGGACCAAGAACCAGAGAAAAAAUGGUAAACCAUUAGUUGAACUACCGGAAAAGGAAGUUGUUAUUGAGGAAAUCAAAUUCAAUGAUCAGGAAGCCAAGCUUUACAAUUGGUUUAAAUCAAGAGCAUUUGAAUCGUUUGCAGAAGGGGUCAAGACGGGACAAUUGAUGCGUCAAUAUACUCAGAUUUUAACUCAUAUUUUGCGAUUGCGACAAGUUUGCUGUCAUGUGGAUCUAAUUGGCGGCGCUCAUGAAAUGGAUGAUGAUGUGAUUGAUUUGGAAGCGGAUGAAGAAAUGAAGACCUUUUUGAAAUCAAUCAAGGAUCAAAGUGCCAAGUUUUCUAACGAUACCGAGGUGAAGCAAAUCAUUUAUAAAUUAUACAAUUGUGUCAAACCGGAGAAUGAGUGUUCUAUAUGUACGACAUCACCAAUUACGACUAAUGAGCUUACAAUAACGCCAUGUGGACAUACUUUUUGCUUUUCUUGCAUUUUAGAACAUUUGGAUUUCCAACUGGACUUGAAACGCGAUAAGUUAUGUCCCAAUUGUCGUGAACCCAUAUCGAAAUAUAAAUUAUUCCGCAUCCGGAAUCAAAAGACCCUGAGUAAUGAGAUCCGGUUCCAUACUCAAAACAGAGACCACCAAGAAGAUUAUGAUUUCCAAAUUUAUUUGCAUGAUCCUAAUCGAACCAGUUCUAAGAUCCAAGCCCUUGUCAAACACUUGAAACUGAUCCAGGCCAAUGAACCCAACCUGAAAGUAAUUGUGUUUUCACAAUUUGCCUCAUAUUUAGAUUUAAUGGAGAUUGAACUCAAAUUAACCAGUGAUGAUUUCAUCGUUUACAAAUUCGACGGCCGAUUAAACAUGAAUGAUCGGGCCAAAUUGCUCAAUCUGUUCAAUGCACCAUUGACCAAGGGUAACAAAGUCGCCAUUUUGUUACUAAGUUUGAAAGCCGGUGGCGUGGGGUUGAAUUUAACAACGGCGUCAAAAGCAUUCAUGAUGGAUCCGUGGUGGAGUCCUAGUAUUGAAGACCAAGCCAUUGAUCGAAUCCAUCGUAUUGGUCAGAAUGAAACGGUUAAAGUGGUGAGAUUCAUCAUGGAGAAUAGUAUUGAGACCAAGAUGCUCAAGAUUCAAGAACGGAAAAAGCAAAUUGGUGAGGCUGUUGGUGUUGAGGAAGAGGAGAGGAGGAAAAGAAGAAUUGAGGAAAUACAGAUUCUCUUUGAAGAGUAG